CGUUAGCAAAAUAAAGUGUCUAAUUUUGAAAAACCCCUCCCCCCAAUUCAAAUCUGAGCUACAGUACUGUUUCACUUGAAACUUCAAAAAAAGCUGGGUAAGCAUUAAUUUCAUCCUCAAGCUUCUGACCAAGUCUCUUACUGUUCCAAUAUGAGCAAACCGAGCAUUUGAAGCCGAAUCCUCUUCUCUAAUUCUUUCCGAAUCCGUGCAUGUUGAAAGACAGUACAAGCUUGUGCUCGAUCUAUCAUGCCCCGAAACGUUCCGAGAAUCGAGAUGCCGGAAUCCGAAGAGAACGAAUUCGCGAGCUCGUCUCUGUUUUCGCCGUCAAGAGCUCCUCUGAAUUCGAUACCGGAUCCAGGUCAACUGCAGAAGACGAAUCAUCAUUUAUCCGAUUUAGAUUUGGUUCAGAAAUUGGAAGGUACAAGAACGCAGCAAAAUCGAGCACUGGGUACGGAGAAGAGAUUCGAAGUUUUCGAAGGUAGAGCUGGAAAUGCGAGUGGUACGCAUGAUUCGAACCCUAAGAUUGUUGGUCGUAGUGUUAAAUCUCGGUCGGAGCCAAACUCUGCGCAGAGUACGCCCACUAGGAACGGUGCUAGGGUUUCUCUCGGUGGAGGUUGUGUUACCGGCGCAAGAGUUGUUCAGUCUUUCGGUGGAAGAGGAGGAACGAGUUCCUUCUCGAGGAUCCCAAGGGGGAUUUCAAUGGCUGAUUCCGUUAACUUUGCGGAAACAACUCCACAUUUUGAGCUCAAUGAAGAUCAUUCGUUUUGGAAAGAGCACAAUGUGCAGGUUUUGAUAAGGCUUAGGCCAUUAAGCACGAUGGAAAAGGCAACUCAAGGAUAUGGUAAGUGUUUAAAACAGGAGAGUCCGCAAACAUUGGUCUGGUUAGGCCAUCCAGAGACCAGAUUCACCUUUGACCACGUUGCAAGUGAGACAAUAUCUCAGGAAAAACUAUUUCGUGUUGCUGGACUGCCCAUGGUGGAGAAUUGCUUGUCUGGUUACAAUAGCUGUGUGUUUGCCUACGGUCAGACUGGUAGUGGCAAGACCUAUACUAUGAUGGGAGAGAUAUCUGAGGCAGAGGGAAGCCUCGGUGAAGACUGCGGAGUUACUGCUCGUAUUUUUGAGUAUCUCUUCUCAAGAAUCAAAAUGGAAGAAGAGGGAAGGAGAGAUGAAAAACUGAAAUUCAGUUGCAAAUGUUCUUUUCUUGAGAUUUAUAACGAGCAGAUAACCGACCUCUUGGAGCCAUCGUCAACCAAUUUACAACUCAGAGAGGACUUGGGAAAAGGCGUAUAUGUCGAAAAUCUUGUAGAGCAUAAUGUGAGAACUGUUGAUGACGUUCUAAUGCUUCUACUACAGGCAAGGCAUUCAUACCUAAACAUUGGAACAGCAAACCGGAAGAUUGCAGCAACCCGUAUGAACAGUGAAAGCAGUAGAUCCCAUAGCGUUUUCACGUGUACAAUCGAGAGCCUCUGGGAGAGAGAUUCUCUAACCCAUUCAAGAUUUGCCAGACUAAAUUUGGUCGAUUUGGCUGGCUCUGAAAGGCAGAAAAGUUCAGGUGCAGAAGGAGAUCGCCUAAAAGAAGCAGCAAACAUUAACAAAUCUUUAUCCACUCUGGGCUUAGUGAUAAUGUCUCUGGUGGAUUUGGCACAUGGGAAACAUAGACAUGUUCCCUAUCGAGAUUCGCGACUUACCUUUUUACUGCAGGAUUCUCUUGGGGGUAAUUCUAAAACAAUGAUAAUAGCCAAUGUCAGCCCAUCUCUUUGCUCUACAAACGAAACUCUCAGCACUCUGAAGUUCGCACAACGGGCCAAAUUAAUCCAGAAUAAUGCUAAAGUCAACGAAGAUGCCUCUGGGGAUGUCACAGCACUUCAACAGGAAAUAAGAAAGUUAAAGGCCCAACUGUCCUCCCUUAUGAAGAACCAUAAUUCGUGUGGGGUUCUUUCAGACUGCACAACUUCUCUUGAAGAAUCAAGAUACUCUGGUACAUGUGAAGUAGCAGGAGAAACAAAACAAGACAAGUGUCACUGUCAGGAGCACAACUCACUGAGAAAGAAGGUGAAAACUAUGAAAGAUCUUUUGAAUAGUGCUCUGAGAAGAGAAAAGAUAGCUGAAAUUGCCCUUCAGAAAUCCCAGGCUGAGAUUGAGCGUGUAGACAGCUUGGUUAGAGACAUGGAAGAAGAUGCUAAGUGCAUUAAAACAAUGCUUAAUCUUCGGGAAGAGAAAGUUGGAGAGAUGGAAUUCUCUACGACUGGUUCAUUUAUGACAAAAGAGUGUCUUAUUGAAGAAAAUAAAUCUCUGAAAGGAAAGAUGAAGCUUCUUCGGGAAAGCAUUGACAAGAAUCCAGAGUUGACACGUUCGGCCUUGGAGAACACCAAGCUCCGGGAGCAGCUACAACGAUAUCAGAAGUUUUAUGAGCGUGGGGAACGAGAGGCAUUGCUUGCUGAGGUGACAGAACUACGCGACCAGCUGCUGGAUGUUCUGGAAGAAAAAGAUGAGUCCUUUCCUAAACAUGCAAUGAAGGAUAGCGAAGUGGAAAAGGAGUUCGAAGACUGUAGAAGCAUGAACUCUAGUUUGAUCAGGGAACUAGAUGAAAUACAGGCAGGACUUGGAAGAUACUUGAAAUUCGACCAAACACAUUCCGACUUUGAUGCAUCUUCCUCCAGUGGAGCUGAAACCAAUCAAGCACAUAAACAUUCAAUGGCAAAAACAAUGUCAACUAUUAGUGAAACCAAAGAGAAGGCGGCUUUUUCAGAGAGUAAAAACCGCAGUAAUAUCAAUGGUGAAUCAGGCAAUCCUGAAGGGAAUAAGGUUUGGCUACAGGAUGUUCUAGAGGAGAACGAUAACACAUAUGCUGUUCCUAGGAUAAAAGGUCAUGACAUGGAGUUAAGUGGCAUGGUCAAUAACACAAAUGCUGUAAUGAAGACUGAUGAGGGGAUAGACCAGUCAAUCCUGCAGUUCAAGUUGGGGAAAGUACUUAAGGACCUCGAGGAGGCGAGGACACUCAAUUAUCAAUAUGAAAAAGAGCAUGAGUCACAGUUAUCUGAGCAACAAGAUAUUGAAGUAGUCCGCGAGCAGGUCGAGACAGAAACUGCCAGAACAAUUCUUGAGCUGCAGGAAGAGGUGAUUGCUCUCCAGUCUGAUUUUCAAAGAAGAAUCUGUAACUUGACUGAAGAAAAUCAAUCGAUGAAAGAUACUAUAACUGCUAGAGAGGCAGAAAUAAGAGCGCUGAACCAAGACUGGGAAAAGGCCACCUUAGAACUUACAAAUUUCAUUGUGGAUGGAUCUAAAUCCAUUAAAGAUGCAUCUACGCAGAUUGAAAGUAUAAUAUGUUCGUUCCCACACGUGAAUGCGUGGAUAGGUGAUUAUGUCGAGAAGGCUGCAAAAGAUUGUAUAAGAAAGGAAGAAACAAUAUUACUUCUACAGAAAAGCUUGGAGGAUGCACGGAUAUUGUUAGCAGAGAUGGAUUUGAAGCUGAAUUCUUUAAAGGGCGCAACAAUUGCCCUCAACGAAUUUCGACUGGACGACAAUGCUGCAACCAGUGAAGAAACUUUCCACGUGAACACUGAAUUAGACAGGAGGAGCAACGAGAUAGACAAGCGUGAGAAUGACUUAAAAGCAAAGCAGUAUUCUGUUCUGGAAGCAGAACGACGUGACGAGGCUGCCUUUGCUGUUACAAAAUGGCUUUCUGAUUCUAGAAAUCAACAGCGAAUGCUGGAGAAAACAGAAGAUCAACCGGUUAAAGAAAGCGGUACAUCAAGUUCAAUCUUUGCUUCUCCUAGUGCGGAAGGGAAUGCUGCUAUUAAUUUGUCAAAGGAUGGAAUUUUGAGUGAAGCAACAUAUCCGAAGGGUGGUGAGCUUUCAACAUCAAGCUCUGAUUUUUCAAACUGCAGAUGGCAACAUGAUGGUGAAUCGACCGAAAAGGGUCUAGGAGUUUCAGGUUCUUUAUCUGACGCCCAGGAAAUUCACAACAAGACUACAUCAGCUUCGAUUGCUAAGAAUGGUUCUAUACAUUGUCUUUACUGUGGAGAGAGGAGACAGUCAGGAGAGGGGCCAUUGACGAUAACAAUGAGCAGAGCAGAAACGGAUUGCAAAUGCAGUAACCCGAGAAUGGAUCCUGUGAGAAGUUUCUUCGAUCGAUUUGAGGCAGUUAAUGCUACCAUGAAAGAAGCUGAUCUCACGUUAUCCGAAUUAGUAAAGGCCAACGAAAAAUCAAAAUAUGUAACUGGAAUGUGGCGUCAAACGCAUGAAGAGCUAACGGUUAAGGAGAAAAAUCUGACGGAUGAUCUUGAACAGGUCAAGUCUACACUGUCUGCAACUGAGAAAGAAAAUCAAAUCUUGCUAAAGCAAACACAAUCAACUUUGGUUGACAUGGGAGAUACAGUGUCGUUGCUUGAAGAAUGUCUUGUGGAAAUGAAAAGAGGAGUAGGAGAAACAUUGGAGGCUUUUUUUUCAGAUCUCCUUUUAGCUCGGAAAGAGCUACUCGAUUUGAUUUCCAACUCAAGAUUGUCAGUUGAACAGAUUGCAUCUGAAAAUAUGGAGAGAGAGUUUACCAUGUAUGCAACAUACCAGUGCCACAUUGGGAAACUGAUAGAUCAAAUUUUGGACCAGAGAAAACAGGUUGUCACUCCCCACUUUGCCGGGAAAGAAAACCAACAGUCAAUGGAAAUCAACGCCAUUGGGUACAGUGCUGAAGAUCAAGUCACUAGAAAGCUAAAUAGAGUUAAAAGAGCAGACGUGGUCACAGGUUUAGAAAAGGAAGACGUUGUUCAGUCACAUGAAAGCCUAUUAUAUGAGAACAUUUAUCUGAAAAAGGAGCUGGAGAGGAAAGAAGCUUCGUUUGAAGGUCUGCUUUUUGAUUUUAGGCUACUCCAGGAAUCAGCAUCAAAUAAAAGAGAUAUCAAAGAUGAAAUGGACGAGCUGUUUGAGGCGUUAUGCAAAGUUCAGCAAGAGCUGGAGCUGAAAGCGAGUCAAGUUCAAGAUCUUUUUGUACAUAACGAGAAUCUUGAAAAUUGCUCCAUUGACUUGAAAACGGCUUUGUUUACGUCAAAGGCAGAUCUCGAGCAGGCCAAAGAGAGGAUACAAAUUCUUGCGGAGCAGAACGAUGAGUUAAGUGUCCUCGUCAGAGACCUCUGUAUGGAAAAAGUUACAGCUGAAGAGGGACUUGAAGAACAAAAAGACCUUGUCAAACGGUUGGAAAAUGAAAUCCUUCACUUGACUACUACAGGAGAGAAGCAGUUUCUUUCCGCUGUCAAAUCCACCGAAGAAAACUUGAAAAAGACCAGCGAGGAGAAAGAUCAACUUGUUGAGGAAAUAUGUUCGUUGAAUGAUAAGCUUGAGUUGGCGUAUGCUCUAGCUGAUGAAAAAGAAGCAAUUGCCGCAGAGGCUCGUCAGGAAUCGGAAGCAAGUAAAAUAUAUGCUGAACAAAAGGAGGAGGAGGUCAAGAUUCUAGAAAUUUCUGUGGAGGAACUUGAGAGUACUGUAAAUAUAUUAGAAAGACGGGUGUAUGAUAUGGAUGAGGAAGUUAAAAGGCAUCGCACCACUCAAGAUUCAUUAGAGACAGAGCUCCAAGCUCUCAGGCAGAGACUGUUUAGAUUUGAAAACUUCACUGGCACUGUGGUUACAGCCAACGAAGGCACAGAGGAAUAUGAGAGCCAAAUAUUCAGGUCAACAGAGCUGCAAGAUGCGCAUCGUCAGAUACAAGUCCUCCAGAAGGAAGUAGCAGAACAAACCAAAGAGAUUAAGCAGCUAAAAGAGUACAUUUCCGAAAUUUUACUGCAUUCUGAGGCCCAAUCAUCUGCCUACCAGGAGAAGUAUAAGACUCUGGAGGUCAUGAUUCGAGACUUCAAAUUAGAGGACUCAAGUUCAUCGGCAGUAGAGACCAUAUCACAUAAAACUGAGAAAAGCUCAAUAAGGAGCAGAGGUUCAAGUUCACCCUUUAGAUGUAUAGUUGGGUUGGUACAACAGAUGAAGUUGGAGAAGGAUCAGGAAUUGACCACGGAAAGGGUUCGUGUUGAAGAAUUGGAGUCAUUGCUAGCCGCUAAACAGAAAGAGGUUUGCACAUUGAACACGAGGAUAGCUGCAGCUGAUAGCAUGACUCAUGAUGUUAUUCGAGAUUUACUUGGUGUAAAAAUGGAUAUAACUAGCUACGCUGAGUUGAUUGACCAGCACCAGGUCCAAAGAGUGGUUGAAGAGGCUAAGCAACAUGCUGAAGAGAUCAUGUCCAAGGACCAAGAAAUCAUUAACCUGAAGAGACACAUUGAUGCUCUUGUUAAGGAAAGAGAGAGUUGCAUGUCAGAGUUGAACAAGAAAGAUACAGAUGUUCUUGCGACACAGAUAUCUUUGGACCAACUACAAGAGCGAAUUCAAUUGCUUUCUAUGCAAAACGAAAUGUUGAAGAAUGACAAGAGCAAUUUGUUGAGGAGGUUAGCUGAGCUUGAACGAACAGUCCGCGAUGCACGAGCCAGUAACCAACAUGUUCCACAGACAAAAAAGGAUACAGUGUCAUUUAAACUUGCUGAUACUGAUUAUACCAAGAGACUGGAAAACGCUCAGAAGCUUCUUUCUCAUGCUAAUAAUGAAUUGGCAAAGUAUCGCAAAACCAGCAAUAAUAUUCCAUCCACAAGAACUCAGGGACAGAGCUCUGGUACAAGAUAUCGGUAAGAAAUUUUCUUACCAAGCUUCUUAUCUCCUUGGCUUGUUCUUGAGUAUAAGUUCCACACGAGAGUCAACCCUAAGAAGCUAGCCCACCAAUCUUAACAAGGCGUACGUUUAGCCAACUGGUUUUUUUUUUGGCUUAAUUCGUUCACAGAUAAGUCCCACGUCCAAUUCCGAUUGCUUAAUGGAAUUUACAUACUUCAGAUGCUUUUUUAAUAAUCUUUUGGAAAUGUUGUGUAUAAGAAUGCAUAUAACAUGUUGCUGAAGUUGGCCUGUUGUUUGUAAUUGUAUGUUUAUAUUUAUAUAUAAAGAAAGAGUUUGCAUUUUGCAAUCAUUCGGUGUGAAGGCCGUAUUAGGCACUUAACCACCAUUUCUCAUUUGCUAAAACAACAAAGACAACAACAAAAACAAGACCUUGUAGGACAUACAUGUUCGAACCAAAGUGAAGAAUUAUUUUCCAAUUACUUCAGACUGCAUCUGCCUUCACCUUCAACGACUCAUCCUUAGUACAGACAUAGAUGUAAUGGACAUCAGGGCUUUUGCCAAUUGCCGAUUCCACUGAGUUUUCCUCAUCAUCUAGGGCUAUAGGCUUUGUGAGUUCCCACUUUGGCGUUUCUAGUUGUUGUUCGGUCAAACUUUUGUCUUUUUCAUCAACUGCUUCAUUAUACGUGAAAGGAUCAAGAAAGAAAUAUAGAAGGAGAGGCCGAUUCCAGAAUGAAGAAAAGGAGCAGAAACCAUUUAACAUUCAUGCCAUAGAUCACCUCCUCAAGCAUUUGCGUUGAGUAUUGCCUCGAAUUGCUCCCACACAAAAUGGAGUCUAAGAUACCUUUAUCAAUUACAGCAUCAAAAGAAGCAGCUUCAAAUGCCUUCAUAUCACGCACAUCCAUCUUCAAAUCUGUUUCACCUGAGGACGAUUGGAGUACUUGUUAUUCAUGGCAUCGAUCACCACAGAGGAAAUGUCGAUAUUGACUACAUCCUCGUACCCAUCAUCCACCAUAUCCUCGCUGAACACUGAGUUUCCGCAGCCAAUGACGAGGACUGGGUGAUUACGGCGAGGGACGUAGAGAUUGAUGAGAGGAGCCAAUGAAGAAUACUUCUGGUACCAAUCAAACGGCUCAGAUUCGUUCGUGUAGCGAUCGUCCCAGUACCAUUGCUCACUAUAAGAUUGCGUCGACGUCUCUGCCGCCAUCGUCUUCGCCUUCUUCUCCGUCGUAACUAACCGAUUUCGUUUUUGUUUUCCCCUCUGAUCAAACGAAGGGGAAAGAGGCAGGAGGCAAUAAUCGGAUACACGAGAGACCACUGUAGUGGUCAAGAUCUUCCUAAUAAAGUCACGUGUGGUGAGUCUCGCGCACCAUCCGAUUUUCCCGGUUUGCUUUAUAAACCGUCAAUUUUAAGAUUAAAC